ACACAAUAAAGAAAGGACCAUUAGAAAUCCGUGUAAGUACGACUUGUUGGAGACGUUUUGACGUUGUGUUUUUCUCAUAAUGGCGUCGGAUGCGACAAUAUUAUUGGAAACUGCUAAUUUUGCUGCCGAAAAACAUCGCAAUCAACGCCGUAAAGAUCCAGAAGGAACUCCAUAUAUCAACCACCCCAUAGGGGUAGCAAGAAUCCUAAGCUAUGAAGGUGGCGUCACAGACGUUGAGAUUUUACAAGCAGCUUUACUUCAUGACACUGUGGAAGACACCAACACUAGCAUAGCAGAGCUGGAGGCAAAGUUUGGACCAACAGUGGCACGCAUUGUGAAAGAGGUGACAGAUGACAAAACCCUCCCCAAACAUGAAAGAAAACGUCUUCAGGUUGAACAUGCCCCUCACUGUAGUCAACAGGCCAAACUUGUUAAACUGGCAGACAAGCUUUACAACUUGAGAGAUCUCAACCGCUGUACACCUAUUGGUUGGACGGAAGAGCGAGUCCAGGAGUACUUUGUUUGGGCUUCACAUGUGGUGAAAGGGCUGUGGGGCACCAACCCAGCCCUGGAGAGGAAACUGGAAGAGCUUUUCAGUCAGAGGGGUGUCCGACUCUGAAAUAUUGUGUCUGUGCCUCUAAAAAGCUGACAUGCUCUAAAUUUUAUGACCAGAGAUUAUUUUUUUUGCACUUGUAACUGAAUUUCAAAACUUUGAAUAAAUCAUAUUUUUCUGUUUAUUUGAAUUGUUCUGUACUGUAUUUUGAUUGUUUAAAAUUAUUUGAAUUCUUCUUGUCCUAUAUUAUAAUUCAUAUGUAUGUGCGAAUGACAAAUUAAACCUCUCUUUACGCGA